AUGGCCGACUUCGACAAGAACGUUCUGGCCUAUUAUAACAUCCAGGUUCCCGCGCCCACGGAAUGGCCUACUGAGCUUGACGAGAGCGAUGAGGAGCAAGCCGAUGAGAUUGGGGUGAGGAGAUCCAGGUCCCGAUACUCCGCUUUGGAGAGGAGCGCUAGUGACCGUCGCAGCGGCCUAGUUGGCGCACAGAAGACGAGCGAUGGCAGGUCGAACCUGGUUCAGAAGGACGAGCCAGAUCCAUUAGGCUCAAGUGGCAGCGUGGUGGGCUCUUUGCGGUCUCGAGGAUUGCCAGUAGAACAGGACCCACGGUUGCGAAACAAGUUCAUGCUUUCAUCGACCACCUUCUCCCCAGCGCUUUUCUUAUCUCAAGCCCAUCACGACGCGUCGACGGAUGAUCUCGUCCGCGGAUUACAAUUUCUAUCACAGAGUAUCGAUCAGAAGUCCGCAUCACUCAAAGUCUUGGUCGAAACAAACUUCGAACGCUUUGUCCGGGCAAAAGCCACGAUUGACAACGUCUACACGGAAAUGCGCAACCAAGGAGUCGAGCCGGAACCGGUAAGACCAACAUCUCCUAGGCACUCAAGGAACGUGAGUCGGCAGAGUGGAAUCCAUUAUCGCAAUUUCAGCAGUGGGAGUGCAACAAACUUGGCCCAACCGCCGCCCAUUAGCAAGAAUGCACUACGCAAAGAGACCGAUUACGGUGUGCAGGGAAUUCGUGCACCAUUGCUGGAGGUCGCCCAAAAAGCUGAGGACGUCUGGGGCCCUGCUUUGGGCGGCAAGGAAAGAGAAGCCAGUUUGAAGACUCUUGCCGAUGAAGUCGAAAAGGAUCAUACGCUUUAUGAGCUUGGGAGCAAUCUAAGAGCUGCUAUCAAGCAGAGGGAUCACGAAAAGGCGGUCCAGCACUAUAAUGCUGCUCGAGCUUAUACCAACCAAGCAAAAGCCCUGACGGAACGAGUGACCUACAGUGGCCAGAGUCUUAGCGAUGAACAGAUUCACCGGAUCAUCGUCACCGGUAGAAUGUGGUCAGACGUGGAAGAACAGAUAAAAUCGCUAAAGCGGAGUAUAUGGCGACGUCUCAGUAGCGUCCAGACCGUUCUGCCAUUGCCGGGCGCCUCGCAAGCCGAGGAACACAUGGAGCUCAUCGGCAUAUUGCUCGAGCUGGGCGUCGAUGACAAUCCCAUCUGGGUUUGGCUUCUCAGUCGUUACGAUUAUCUGAAGAAUAAGAUCAUGGGAGUCAUAGAACGGUCAAGAAUCGAAAUCGAAAUUCUCCGACGACGUUUGGCCGCUGUGGAAAGACCGAAUGCGCACACCGUUGCAGGAUUUUUGCGACAGGCUUCAAAAGAGCACCCAGAAAUCCUUGAUCAAGAGCAAGUUCUAGAUUUCUGGAAUACGAUCAUGACCUACGUCACGAAGCUGCUUUCCAUGUCAAGCGGCCUCUUAGGGGAGGUUGUAGACUUCUGGGACUCGGCAAAAUCCUUCAUUGAAGGCGCAAAGCAGAAGGUACUUCCCACUGGCUUCGAAGGCGAGAGCAGAAAACAUCACAGACUUUCCGAUGCUGGAGUCAGGGAUUUAACGAACGGUGCCGUUGAACUGGCUGAGAUGCUUAGGGAGGCUAUUCAAACAAUGUUCGCAGAUCCACCUACAGAAGAUAUUUCGGCUCUCUUCUCGCCUGGAUCUGCAAGCGCAACGGCACCAAAUACGCCCAGUGCUGCUGCUGCCUUCUCGCCAACCGAAGGACGUUUGGGCCGCGUUGACCGGGACAAUCUUCCUGCACCUUCCCCUAAGAAGGGAGAAGCCUGGGAAGACUUCUCCUUCUGGCCGCCUCACUCGAAUUCUCUGAGUGCCGUCCACUAUCUGGGCAAGCUGUUGGCAAUGGUAACGACGGCUUCGAACGAGAUGGCAGCCAUGUCACCCGUUGCGGACAAUUCUCAAGCGCACGACAAGAUCAAGACAACCCUGGGAACCGCUCGAGAACGGAGUCUCCGAGCGCUAUGCGAUGCCUGGAGCAAGGACAGCGAGAAUUGCAAUGGGCUAGAAGAUUGGCUGCGAUCUCCAGAGAAGCGUGACCAGACGAGACUACCGUUCUAUUUCGAGGCUUUCGAGAAGAAAAUUCUCACCGGCGUUCAACAAGUACUAUAUCUUUCCGACUCGUCUGCAAAACACGGUCAUAAUGUCAUCACGCCACCGCCAUCCAAACUUCUGCAGAUGGUACGCACUCAGUUCGUCAACAGCAUUUACAAGGCGGUCAGUGCCAUGCUCGAAAAUGCACAAAAGGUCGACCUUGGCGAUGAAGACGAAUGGGUGCUCGUAAGCAACGAGAAAGCGGGCGGCAACGACGUUGUGACCGACAUUCGAAUCUCCAAUCGCAAUAUCAGGCUGCUGAUGACAUUGUCGAACCUCAAGGCGCUCAAGAACGAAUAUGUGCCACAGCUGGUGACAUUCUUUGAGACCUCAUUCUCGGUGACCCUUACGGACGAAUCGAAGACCAUCCGCGACGUAUUUGGACAGAUCGAUGCGAAACUCUUCCAAUCCUAUACCCAGCCUACAGUGGAGAAGCUCACAAAUAUGGUCCGGGCUGGCAUCAACGCACCAGACUGGGCACCCACAAGCGGUAAACCAGACCAAGUUCGACCCUACGUUUAUUCAGCCAUGAUGGUCCUGGUUAUGGUGCACACCGAAGUCUCGACAACCGUCGCAAGUGUAGGCAGUGGGAACGCGUUGCUGAAGGAGAUUCUGUCGUACCUUCUAGAGAAGGUGUCGCAGGCGUUGCUUGAAAGCUUCAAGGAGCGCAGAAGCAGCACAUACACUUUGCCCGCGCUGAUCCAGGCAACUUUGGACACCGAGUUCAUCGCGCAGACGAUGUCGCAAUAUUCGACCACCAAAGCUGGGGAGAUCCAGGGACAGAUAUACAUGGAGCUUGAUAAGCGAUCCGACAACAAUGCUCGAGCCAGGUUGCAGCAGGAGCUUGGGGACAUGAGGGUGGUGCUCAAGAGGUUGAGGGAGCAAAGUCGAAAUAGCUUCGGUUGCUUUAAACGACAGCGUUCGGAAAAGGAUGACAGAGGUCGUCCUGAACGUAAGAACACAGGCCAGUAG